AUGUCAAAAACCUACCCCUACCAGGCUCGGGCUUUGAUGAGAUUCAAAGCCCAGGAUGGCCAGUUCGUUCUCGGGAGCAACCAACUCGUCACAGUCACUGGUCAAACCGAUGACGAAGGCGAUUGGCUCAGCGUAACCGACCGGGAUGGCGGAUCAGGCUCAGUACCUGCAGGAUUCUUGAUCGAAAUCCAGCCAGGAGAUCCCCUUUGCUCAGCUCCUGCCGACUCUGAUGGUUCCGUAAAUCUUCCAACACCACCGCCUGCUAGCAAACCUCACCAACUCGCUUCAAUUGCUUCUCAUGAUCCGUCAAGUUCCCAGCCAUCAACCGCUCAAUCCCAGGCACCCCCACCACCUGCCGCCAAGCCCAACGCAUUGCGGGAUCGGAUCGCCAUGUUCAACAAGCCUGCUCCCGCCGCUUCAUCACCUGCUCCCAACACCGGCCCCAAACCCCCAGUGGCUCGCAAACCCAUGAAUAUUCCGCCCCCUGCUCCGCCGAUCGAGGCGGCCCAAGAUAGCCCAUCAUCCACUCCAGUGCCUGCUGACGAUGAAUGCGCUCGCUCCACCGAACCAGCUGGGAUGUCGGCAGCCGACGCCGAGGAAUCUGUCAAGGCGGGUGGGUCACUCAAAGAUCGAAUUCGAUUAUUGCAACAGCAACAGCAGCAACAGACAUUGGCUUCUGAACAACCUGCAACACCCCCCAAACCCAAAAGAGAAUGGAAACGGCCUCCAUCGGCACCCACGGAUGAGCCUAGUAUCAUCGCUCCUCUCCUUCCAUCUGCCCCCCAAGAAAUUUCCAAUGCCGGAGAAAACAUUACCGAUCCCGAUAACGAAGCGGUACCAACCUCGACUGAAAUGGAUCCUGGCGAAGAGGCAGUAGAGGAGGAAGACGAAAUCGCCAGGCGACGAAGGAUUGCCGAGAGAAUGGCUAAGCUGGGUGGUGCCAGAAUGGGAUUUGGUUUCCCAGGUCCCGCCGCUGCACCUCCGAAGCCUUCUCCACCUCAGCACUUUUCGGAGGAAUCGAGUCAAGUUCCAGAGGAACUACCCGCGGAAGAAUUCUCGGCAUUACCUCCGGAGAGAAUCGUCAUGCCUGCGAUUCCCAAACGGGCUGCACCACCGAAACGCAAGGCCCCUGCGCUUCCUAACACUCCCUCGGCUGCAGAUGCUCCUCUCGAGGUCCAGCCAGAACCUCUAGCCAUUACCGAACCCGAUUUACUGCCACUCAGCGAAGAACCUCCAGCCAUUACCAAUCCCGAUUUACUGCCAUUCAGCGAUGAACCAGUACCAAGUGAAUCUUAUGUUCAAUCCGCAGAAAUCGCAAACAAUGACACCGGAGCCCCACCUCCUGCUGUCCAUCCUGAAAAAAGUGGCUCUAGCGACUCGUAUGCCGCCCCUUCUCCCCCUCAGCGCGCAGCCCCAUCGCCCAAGAUUCCUGAUCCGACUGGUGGACCGGAGGACUCACAUCCACCUCCAAUCUCGCCCGAUCGACCGCAAGUUCCCUCAACACCCCAAGUCACAAGCGAGGGAGCGCACUCUGAUCGUUCAGCUACGACGUCUCCUCAGUCACCACCGAUUCCUGACGCGUAUAGCUCACCUAAAAGUUCUAGCAUUCCUCAUCGUCCAGCUUCCCCCGCACCAGAGCCAAACGUCAAGAUGAACCUGAAAUGCUGCAUAAAGAUCCUCCAAAUAGCUCUGCUCGCAAGAACCGCGCUCGCGAUCGACGGCAUAACUGCCCUGCCGAAGAUGAGUCGCGAGGGCCACAUCGAUCAGUCAUUAUGGGCAUUGAGCGAAGAUGUCAAUAUUUCCUAUCGGUCGGCUCAUUACAUAGGCCGUCAGCUCGCGCAACAGGUUGUCUCAUCCGAUAAAGAUUGUUUUCGAAAAGUUGCCCAAAGAUACUUACCCCAAGCCCUAUUUGACUCCAAUCACUUGGGUGACUUGGAUGAGACAAAUGUUUUCGACGAAACCCCAUCGUUAACCCAUGGAUUUAGCGAGGAGCACAGGUUCCAGCUUCAACAGGGAUUCGUAUCGACUAUGAUAGAUGCAUUUGUGGAAAGUACAGAAGCAAAAUCAAGUGGAGGGACGAAUCUUCAAUCCCGUUUCUUGGAUAUCGUUCAAAAAAGCAAGCUUCCCAGUGGAGUUUUGGCCGAUGCAUUCCAUGAAGUUUCAGAAACUGCAUCCCAGCCACUGGAUGUGAUUGUUGCCUAUCUAGAAAGUCCGCCCUCUACCAUUGGUAACAAUUCGGAUGAUGUGACACAGUACUUUUUUAUAUUUCAGCUGUGGUGCAUUGCCAAAAGAUUUACCCUUCCAACAUCACCUCAGAAGAUAAUAGAAUAUCAAACGUUUCAGGAACCAACUCCUUACUUGGCAAGUGUACUUAUUGCCCUCCAGGAAUCUCAGAGGUGCUUGAAUAUAGCUGCCAAACUUGUAAUGAGACGAGAAGUCUACUUUCUAUCAGAAGAAACUCCGGAAAAAUUGUCAAGCUACAAUAUUUUGCCCGAGAUUUCCAGACUUGAAAAUGAUGCUGCACAGAUUUUACAGGCAACCUUUGUGCCUUUGACUCAUCAUUCUAUAUUGAAGAAGAACAAGGCAUUCAAAAAAUGGGCCAAACCAAAGACUCUCCUAUUGAAAACCUAUCAGGAUGCUAUGCACUAUGGUAAAGAAUUGUCUCAAGAAAGCAGAAAUAUAGCAUCCUACCACAAUAAUAUUAAACGUAUCAAGAUGAAGCUGACACAAAAUGGUGGUGGCUUGAGGUCUUCUCACCUUCAAAAGUAG